AUGGAUGACAAGUUGUCCGCUAACCAUCCCACGUAUAAUGAACAUGUGGGCCCGCUCAAAAAGUCUGAGACUGACGAGGCGAAUGAUUCUGCUACAAUGGACCGACGCCAGGCUACUGCUCUCAAUAUCAUUGUGAACCCCUUAAUGCGUAGCUCCAGGGACCAGACUGUAGUAGAUGCGCGGGCCUUCGCUGAUUCGUCCCACAUGGCCGAGCAUGCUGACAUCUUUGGUCGGGCUGCUCUGAUUGCACGCGAUCCUGAUGCUUUUGCUACAAUUCCCGAGCUGAAUGAAGAGGAACGCGCUGCUCUCACUUAUGAAAGAGAUCAUAAAUGGCAUGGAUCAUUUAUGCUUUGGUACUCGAUUUCUCUUUGUGCCGUCGGGGCCGCUACACAAGGUUGGGAUCAAACGGGAUCGAACGGAGCGAAUUUGUCAUUCCCUCGUGAAUUCAACAUACAUCAUAAGGGAAAGGACGAAUGGAUUGUGGGCAUUGUUAAUUCCAUUAUAUUUUUCACUGCCGGCUUGAUCGGUGCUUUCAUCGUCGAUCCCCUGAAUCACUACCUAGGUCGAAGGGGCGAGAUCUUUCUUACUGCUUGUUGUUUAACUGCAACUCCAAUUGGUUCAGCGUUUGCUAGGUCAUGGCAGGAGCUCUUCGCUGCGCGAUUCAUAAUGGGAAUCGGUAUUGGUGCGAAAAAUGCAACAGUGCCUAUAUACUCUGCUGAGAUGGCUCCGGCUCGAACUCGAGGUGCCCUUGUAAUGUUUUGGCAACUUUGGGUCGUGGCAGGGAUCUUCCUAGGAUUUGCUGCGAAUGUCAUUGUCAAAGACACCGGUGAUAUUGCCUGGCGUCUCCAACUUGGCUCCGCAUUUAUUCCAUCACUUGUCCUUGGAGUUGGUGUGUACUUUUGUCCUGAGUCUCCUCGGUGGCUUAUGAAGCAUGGUAAGUAUGCUGAGGGAUUCAAAUCAAUGUUGCGCUUGCGUGCCCAUCCGAUUAUUGCAGCUAGAGAUUUCUAUUACUCCUAUGUUAUUUAUCAAGAGGAGUUAAAGGAGGCUCGGGGGGCAGGCUAUUUCUCCCGUCUCUGGGAUUGUUUUGCAGUCCCUAGAAUCAGGCGCGCGAACUACGGUGCCUCGACGGUCAUGAUUGCUCAGCAAAUGUGCGGUAUUAACAUUAUCUCUUUCUAUAGCUCUACUAUCUUCACAGAUGCCGAUUACACGGAGGAACAGGCCCUGUACGCGUCUCUUGGCUACGGUGCGAUCCAGGUCCUAGCAACCAUUCCGACCUUGUUCAUUAUCGACACUAAAGGAAGAAGAAACCUUACCUUGAUUACAUUCCCAUUCAUGUGUAUAUUCCUUUUAGCUGCGGGUCUAUCUCUUUUGAACAAGACUGGGAGUCAUGGCUCACAAAUCGGUCCGGUUGCCUUAUUUGUGUAUUUGUUUACGAUCAGUUACUCUCUUGGGGAGGGACCGGUCGCUUUUCAAUACUCAGCUGAGGUAUUCCCUACUAUCCAACGUGAGCAAGGAAUGGCUUGGGCUGUUUGUAUCAACAACACCUUUGCUGGUUUACUCGGUUUAACCUUCCCUCGAAUGCGGACUGUGAUGACUCCUACCGGCGCCUUUGGCUUCUAUGCUGGCCUUAACCUGGUUGCUUGGGCCAUGAUCUUCUGCUUUGUUCGAGAAACAAAACAACUCACCCUAGAAGAGCUAGAUCAGGUCUUUUCUGUUCCUACUAAAUCAUUUAUUCAUCAUGAACUCACUGUCUGGCUUCCUUGGUUCAUCAAGAGACACAUGUUCCGACAAAACAUUACCAAGCCGCCACCAAUCAUCGCGACGGCCAAAGAGGUCGCGUCCUGA